AGUAUCGUAACACAUUCCCAGGCGGCCCAGCGGCAUUCUUCGCAGACUAUACCCAGGAGACGUAUGUGGCCAAGACUGCGGUGAUUCUCGUGCAAACUCUGCUUGCCGACGGGAUAGUGGUUUAUUGAUGUUACGUCGUUUGGCAAUCUGUCCGGGUUGUGAUUCUACCAUGCAUGGUGUGGUGUGCAGUUGCAGUGUGCGGGGGUUUUACAGUCUACGACCUUUCACUGGCUAGUGAUGCCGACAGUGUCUUCACUGACCAGGCUGGACAUUGGGUCACGGCGUUCAUUAUCUUCACUUUUACAACCAAUUUGUUCAGCUCAGGAUUACUGGUGUACCGGAUUUGGACGAUCGAACGGAAUAUCUCUACAGUUCACACCAGGAGAGGUAUAAGGCCUAUCGUGAGGGUGCUCGUGGAUGCUGCUGUUUUAUACUCUGCGACCACCUUUUCCGCGAUAAUAUGUUUUGCCCUUUCGAACAAUGGCGCAUAUGCCAUGGGAAACUUCUUGAUCAAUCCGAUCAUCUCGAUUUCCUUCCACAUGGUGUUUAUUCGCAUCGCAAUCAAUGAAGAUACUCAAAAAUUCGUCUCGACUUUUUCUGGGACAGUUGAAACAGACCGAGGAAUCCCGCUGCAUUAUCAUAUGCAGACUUUGCGGACUGCACGCAGUGAUAAUGAUACAUCCUCCUGGCUAAAAUAG